AUGGCGCUGCGCCUGCUCGCGCUCCUCGCCGCGGCGCGCGGCGCGUGGCGGCCGCAGGAGGAGCUCGCGCGGCUCCACGGCGCCUCCUUCGCCGCGGGCGACGCCUGGCGGCGCGUCGAGCUCGAGCUCGACCGGUCGCUGCGCGCCUACGACGCCGUGCCGUCCGCGGACGCCGCGGCGAGCCGCGCCGCGGAGAUCUUCGCCCGCGACGCGUCGUUCUUCGCGGUCGUCGAGAAUACGCUCUACGUCUCCGACGCGCACGACUCGAAGAUCAAGCACAAGCCCCACUACCUCUUCUCGACGAUCCUCUCCAUGCUCAGGCGCGAGCCCUUCCCCAACUUCGUCGCGACCUGGGACGUCGCCGCGACGGGCGCGCACUGCAGGCGCGUCGGCCGCCGCGUGCCGUGCCUCGCGAUCGCGAAGCAAGGAGGCUUCAACCAGACGGGCGUGCUCAUCCCGAACCCCUACUUCGCCCACGUCGACGAGUGGGACGCGCGCGUCGCGACAUGGCGGGCGGCGAUCCCCGCCUGGGACGACCGGGACCCGCGGCUCUUCUGGCGCGGAAGCGUGCGGUCGGCGUGCGGACCGGGCAACGUCGCGCGCGUCGCGGCGCUGACGCUCACGGCGCAACACCCGGACCGCUACGACGUGCGCGUGACCCACGGCCUCGACGCGCCCGACGCGAAGGCCUGCGCCCGCGAGUUCCCCUACACGAAGGCGAUGGUCGACCUGUCGACGGGAAAGAUCCCGGCGCCGACGGGCGGUUUCGUGAACGCGUCCGAGUUCUCCAGGUGGCGCCGCUACCUGAACCUGCCGGGGACCAUGGGCGGCUCCUACUCGCGGAACCUGAACCUGCUCUGGCCCCUCGGGGGCGCCGUCGCGCUCUGGGACGGGUCCGCCGUCGAGUGGUACUACCCCGGGCUCCGCGACGGCGAGACGCACGCGGCGCUCGACGAAAAGUCCGCCGGCGCGGCCCUCGACGCCCUCGACGCGGGCGAGGCGGCGCUGGCGGCGGCGGCGGGCGCCGUCCACGAGCGGUUCCUCGCGGGCGGCAGCCUCGACCGCUACUGGCGACUGUUAGUCGGCCGGCUCCGCGCGCGCUUCCGCCUCGGCGACGUCCUCGACGACCUCGGCGGCGCCGCCGCCGCCGUCGCCCUCGCGGGCGUCGACUGCGGCGCGCUGCGCCGGGUCUACUGGCACAGCCCGGACCGGCCCUUCUUCGACGAGACGCCCGGCCUCGGCAAGCCCGUCGCCUACGCGGCGCUCGACGACGGCGACCCGCUCCUGGUGGCGUGCCGCCGCGCGAAGAAGAAGACACGGUAG